AUGCCGUUGGACUUCGUGGUAUCUUCAGUGGAGGGAGUUCCGAACCAAGACCGGUCUCUUCUCGUUUCAACUCCAUGGGUUUCGCAAAAGCGAGUUUUUAAAAACAUAUUCAAAAACAUAUACCAAGUUCUCUGAAAACUAUAUUUUCAUUAGCCUUUUUCUUAUCUUAUACACGCUUCGCAGUAUAAUCUGACUGUAAUCUCCAAACUUCUCCAGCGGCUCAGAAUAUCCGAUCGACGUGGAAUUGGUCCUUCGCAGGAAGGCCGAGGUUGAGAAGAUUGAGCUCAUUGCCCACAACAUCUACAUACGUAGCCGAAAACUUUCACUACUUAUAUUUGAUUUAUUUUUUCUUUCAGCGCGGAAGGUGGAAAUUCUUACAAAAACAUCGAACGCUGAACAUCUCAUUGGGUAGAUUUUAUAAAAACUAAAAAGCCCAUUCCUUUUUUCAGAGAAGUAGAGUUUCGCAAAAACAAAUCUUCUCCUGACAAAUUUGAAAUGAAAAAUAUUUUUUUGGAAGAAAAGUGCUCAAAGAUAUUGUUCCGAAUCGCCGAGGCUCACAUAAACGUCAAUGACAAUCCUCAAGUUCUGGUGAGAAAUUUCCGAUAGUAUGACUACAUUGAAUGCUUUCAGGUCGGCUUGGAAAGUGUCAAGUUGUACGGAAAAUUUCUGGCAGACUCUGGCUUGGAUCUUUUUGACGAGAAGCCUCAUAUCGAGUCGGCGUCGAAAUCUUUUUCUGCAGAGAUAGAAACAUUUAUCCAAGGAGUCAAAAAGAACAAGACGAGAUACGUGGCGAACGAAGACUUCAAAAUGGCAAAAGAGGCUCAAGUCGCGUUUGGACAACUGGUCAAGGCGAAAAAAGAAAUGGAAGAAUUGGAACGUGACAAACGGGAGGCCGUCGACGAGGAAGACUUUGAGAGAGCCGAAGAGUUGCAGCAAGAAAUCAAGGCUCUUCGAUCUAAUGUCUUGGCCGUCAUAGAUCCCCAACUGCUCGAUAACGCCCUGGUAAGUCUCAAAAUUGAAAACGAGCUCGAGAUUAUUUGUGCGAUUUUCAGGAAACCUCGGAGCCAUCACGACCAAAAAAUUUGUUCUCCACUGAAGAAAAAACGUUUCCGCCGCAGAAACCAAAACUGUUCACCCCAUUAGGUAUUCUAGAACUGACUCAUGUAGAAGAUAUCCAGAAAAGACCUCUCACCAACGCAAGUUCCUGCUGAUCCGGACCAUUCCUUCUUUUUCACUCCUCCUAGAAAGGCCGAAAGCUCGCAGGUAGGUCUUCGUCCUCACACGCACGAAUCACAUACUAUAUCACCCAAAGGUUAGUUAUAAUUCUUUUCAAAACUCCUUUCAAUUUUUUUCCAUAUUUUCUUGGUGGGGACAUGAGACCAAGAAGAGCAUCUGCUUGGGAUGUUGGCAGCCGUUCUUCGACGCCAACUUCGAGAAAUAACUCGAUGAGCCGCCGUCCUAGUGGCCGUUCAGUUGAUCCUCCAAGAGAAAGACCUCUUUCUACCUCAACUCAGCGUUCCACGUCUUCCAGAAGAGUUACCAAUAAAUUUUUGGAGAAGGAAAAUAUGAUUGUUCCUGCCGCUCUGAGGAGGUUCUCCACUGCUUUUUAUUAGUCAGAGGCUGAUAUAUUUGAAGAAGAAGCACAGCAGAAAAACCUCCAACCCCUUCAAAAACGUUUCUGAGAACAGACAUGACAGAAGACGAACUUCUUGCUUCGAUUCCUCCAAAAGAUCGUCCCAAUGUUCAUUCAUCGAUUGCGUCUUUUGGAAUUUCUACCGUAAAACACAAGAAGCUCCAAUUUAAAUGAAGCUUGCAAAUGUCAGAUGCGCAAAAUCUACUCGAAGAGUUGGGAAUCAAGAAAAGACGGCAUCUCGGAAGUCUACGAACGCCUUCAGAGAAUGACGACUUCUGAAGCUUCUGGAAAUUUUGAAUGCAUCAACUUUCUCAUGUCUCAUCUUCUGAAAGAUCCGCUCCUCAGUGUAUAUUAUCUGCUUCUUUCUAUUCGACUUUUUCGGUUUUGAGGUCUUCAAAGACGCCCUAUCGCUUCUCGCGUACGUGUGUGACGACUGGAUGCCGAGAGCCCAAUUGGAGAAGUUUUAUGGUAGACUUGCAACGGAAACCUACGACAUCCUCGCCCAGCGUGUGGCUCAGUCUUCCAAUGUCAGAGCAAAUCAGGAGAUUCUUGAACAUUCAUAAUUCAGGAUAAAAGAGCCAUCAAAAAAACCGUCGAGAUAUUCGAGCACAUUUGCAGACAGGAAGCUGUCAUUCUUUCAAAAGUACUCUUCAAUUAAAAACAACUUUCAGAUUUCGAAAGCGUAUUCGCAACGCCUUCUCAGUGGGAGCUCCGGUAAGAAAAAUAUGAAUUAAUGUGGAUGGUAUGAAAAAAACACCAGCGAAAAUUAAAACGGCGGCUUUUCCGAUUUUUUCAUAUCGCUAGGGAACUUUCCGACGGCCACCUUUCCGCCGAAAUCCUUUCCGACUUUUUGCCUUUAUAUUUUUCGAUUUAUAAAAACAUCUAUUAACAUUUUUUUCCUAUUUCGUUGUGUUUUAAUCAUGAAUAAACUGCCUACUUUAUAUAGGAAGAUUCAAAACGAAGAUUUUACCGAGAAAAAAAGUCGGAAAAAAAGAUUCGGCGGAAAGGUGGCCGUCGGAAAGUUCUCUAGCGAUAUGAAAAAAUCGGAAAAGUCGCCGUUUGAAUUUUCGCUGGUCUUUUUUUCAUACCACCUUAAUGUGAUUAAUUCAUAUGAUUCAAUUUUUUUUUGGUUUAGGAAAAAAUGAGCGUGGACGUGCCCUUCUGAUCGAAACUCUCGCACAAAAUUACUCAAUACCGAACAACUCAGCGUAAAUUUCAUCUAGAAUCUCGUUAAAAUGAUUUUAUCAGAGGUCUCCAAGAAAAACCACUAGCGAGCUUCGCGGCAAGAUGCAUCCGAAACCCCGACCAACAGGUGGAAAUAAUGUCAUUCAGCAGCUGGGAAUUUUAGAGAUGAGACGCUAGUUCUUUCAUUGAAUCUUCAAGAUUUGAAGUUACCCAAAAACGACUUUGCGGUUUAAACUAAAAAGAAAGUCUUUUUAACCACUUCUGGAAGCAUUCGUGGCAGAUAGCAAGUAUUAUCUCUAGUGAGAUCUCAAAACAAGAUCCAAACGACCUAUACUCAGGUUCGCAUGAUCGGGAAGCAACUUCUGCUGCGACUCUACGACGCAGGCUCCACAGACGCAGUCCGGCACGAGCUGCAGAAAUUCUCGAACGAAGACUCGAACAAUCCGACGUACCGACGUCUACUCGAUGAAAUUCACACGGCCAACGUCAGAAGCGGAAAGAUUAAGAAGAAAAUAUCUUUUAAGUUUUAA